AAUAUUGAUGUUUUGUAUAGUCGUGUUGUCACAAUUGAUGCUAUUAAGAUUUGGGUUGAUUCAGGUAGGACACCACUGAAGGUGUAGGUGUGAAAUGCAUGGCCAAUGUAUUGCAGUACCAUUCCUGUUGAGAUGUGCUAUUCAGUGAUGUAUUCUCUUAAUAUUAAUUACAGUCCAAAUUCCUGAAUUGCUCAGUAACUCCAUGGAUUUUUAGGCUGUGUUGUAUUGUAGAGCUGUUAAUGUGAUUUGUCUGAAGCUUGUGGUGUGAUGGAGCUUCGAUUCAUCUCUGUAGCGGUGCUUCCUCGCGAGUCGUAAUCGCGUGUGAUGCACAGACGUGCAGGAAGGCACACGUUUUUGGUCACGUGGUCCAAAGGUCUCUUGCGUUGAAGCCGCAGCGGCUGGGGCCGUGUCACGUGAUUGCGCGGCGCUGUGUCAGUGUGGGAACCGAAACAGGUGUUUAUUCCUUUGUAAAUACUCUUGUUUGUAUAUACUGUAAAUGAUGACAUCGGUAGGAGGCAACCGAAACCGGGCUAACUGGGAGCAGACACAGACACAGAGCCAGUCACAGCACAAGCAGAGGCCUCAGGCCACCGCUGAGCAGAUCCGACUUGCACAGAUGAUCUCAGACCACAAUGAUGCUGACUUUGAGGAAAAGGUCAAGCAGCUAGUUGACAUCACUGGGAAGGACCAAGAUGAGUCUAUGAUAGCGCUGCACGACUGUAAUGGAGAUGUGAACAGAGCAAUCAACGUGCUACUGGAGGGCAGCCCCGACACCGAUUCAUGGGAAAUGGUGGGAAAGAAGAAGGGUGUGUCAGGCCAGAAAGAAAACGCACAGACGGACGGCGGAGAAGAAGGGAAGGAGAAUCGCGAGAGAGGAGGCGAGAGGGAUGCAGCACGUCGUAGAGGAGGAGCUCCCAGGAGGGGGCGUGGCACCAGCCGUGGACGAGAGUUUCAUGGUCAGGAGAACGGCGUGGACGCCACCAAGGCUGGCGGAAUAGCGGGCAGAGGGACUGAGCGCGGCCGCCGAGGACGAGGCAGAGGGAGAGGUGGUGCUGGUAGGAGAGGAGGAAGAUUUUCAGCUCAAGGCAUGGGUACGUUUAACCCGGCAGAUUAUGCUGAGCCAGCACAGACUGAGGAGAACUAUGCCAUGGGAAGCACCUGGAGCAACACUGGCAACUUGGAACCAGAAGAUGGCGCCAGACUCGAUUUUUCUGGAGGAGACGGAACAAAUUACCCACGCAAGUUCGACUCCGCUCCCGGAGCAUGGAGAACUCCUACAGAAGAGUGGGGUACGGAGGACUGGACUGAGGAUUUGUCCGAAACGAAGAUCUUCACUGCGUCCAGCGUGGUGUCCAUGCCCGUGCCUCAAGAAAAUGUUACCAUAACAGCUGGACAGAGGAUUGAUUUAGCAGUGCUCCUGGGAAAAACUCCACCCUCCUCCUCUUCUGAGAAGGAGUCUGCUCCACUAGAUGCCGCUCAGCCCCAAUCUCUCUCCCAGUCUCUGGUCUUUAGCAACUCCAAGCAAUCGGUCUCGAUCCCUCAGCCUUCCUCCAGCACCUCAUAUAAUCAGCACAGCAUGGUGAGCAUGCUCAGUAAGGGUUUUGGUGAAGUUGGAGACUCUAAAGGCACCAGUGGAAACUCCACCAGUGGCUCUCAAUUCCUGGAGCAGUUUAAGACCGCACAGGCUCUGGCUCAGCUGGCAGCGCAGCAUUCGCAGGGCGGCCCAUCCAGCACAGGCCCCUCCAGCUGGGAGUCCAGUCCUGCUCCCCUUGCACAGUAUGACAUGAAGACUCAGACAGAUGCAGCAGGGCACAGUCCCUUUACCAAGCGGCAGCCGUACCAGCCCACCUCCUCCUCUGCGUCCUCCAUGAUGGAUGCUUUUCUGCAGGAGAAAGGUCCCACCCCCUCCACUGCUUCUUCUAUGCCCACCCAUUCCACUUCUUUGGCCCAAACAGUCUCUGCUCUGAAACCUUCAGGCUCUGCAGUUAGCCAGCAGCAAAUACCUUCAGGUCCAUCAGAGCCUCAGGCCUCCAGUCCUCUGCCCUUACAGCAGCAUAAACUUAAGCAUCAAAAAAAGAGAACCUCGAUCAGCACCAAGAUCCCUGCAUUAGCAGUGGAGAUGCCAGGUUCAGCAGACAUACCCGGAAUCAACCUGCAGUUUGGAGCGUUACAGUUUGGCUCCGAGCCGGUGCUGCCGGAGUACGACAACACAGCGGUAGCCACCACAACACCAGGCAGUGCGACUCAGAACAGCCUCUACACCAGUGCCAACAGUGAACAAGCUCCUGCUCUGCCCAGUGCCAUUCAGAUGGACCUGUAUGAGCAGAGAGCGAGCCAGACCAGGCGCUACCCGCCCUCCGUUUCCUCGUCUCCACAGAAAGACUUGCAGCCCAAGAAUGGGUUCAGUUCAAUACCGACAACGCAGUCUUUAGAAGCUGCAGCCGGCUCUGCAGUGUCUGUGAAGACAGCAUCUGACUCGAACGUUCCUCCCACUGUGUCCAACAUGGCCUCGCUUUCGGACCCGCCCCAAGGCCCCGCCUCUCUCCUGACAACAUCCAGUCAGACACAGCUUGCCCCUCUGGGACACGAAGACCCCUCCUCUAUUACGAUUGCUCCUCCACAACACAAUGCCCUUUCCACACCACAGAACAGCAUGGCUUCCUCCACAGUGCGCACCUCCAGCACAAGCUUAUUGCAUCCGAACAUGGAUGGAGACUCAAGCCUGCACUCGUCUUCCUUCUCAGUCUCUGCAGUCGCCCCCUCCGCCAUGCCCCCUCCCUUAACAGUUUCUUCCUCCUCAGCCCCUGUCUCUCAUAGUGCUCCUGUUCCUCCCUCAUCUUCCACAGUCAGUGCUGCCUCUGUCCAAGCCAGUCUAAUGCCAGUCAGUAGUCUGACUAUGGGGCUGAACAGUGCCGGUGGAGUUGCCUCUAUGGUCCCCCAAAUGGCUGCUGCUUCAUCAGCAGCGGCCUCGGCUUCAGCUGUGCCAUCAUCAGCUUCAUCUCGCAGCACUGCUGCCUCAGGGAAAGCGCCCCCGAAUCUGCCUCCAGGAGUGCCUCCUCUCCUGCCCAAUCCUUAUAUCAUGGCUCCUGGCCUGCUCCACGCAUACCCGCCCCAGGUGUAUGGCUACGAUGAUCUGCAGAUGCUCCAGACACGAAUACCACUGGAUUACUACAGCAUUCCAUUUGCUACCCCAACAACAGCACUCACAGGAAGAGAUGGCGGUUUAACCAGCAACCCUUAUUCUGCUGGUGAUCUGACUAAGUUUGCUCGUGGGGACACGUCGUCUCCUGCUCCAGCCACCACGCUGGCUCAAGCCCAGCAGAGUCAGACCCAAACUCAUCACACCACGCAGCAGCCCUUCCUGAACCCAGCUUUGCCCCCUGGCUACAGCUACACCAGUCUGCCCUAUUACACUGGCGUUCCCGGUUUGCCCAACACGUUCCAGUAUGGCCCUGCCAUGUUUCCGGUAGCAGCUACUUCCUCCAAACAGCACGGCGUGAACGUUGGCGUCAACGCUUCAGCCACCGCUUUCCAACAGGCCAGUGGAUAUGGAUCUCAUGGAUACAGCACUGGCUAUGAGGAUUUGGGCCAGGCUUCAGCAGGGAGCGGGGAUUUCUGUAAGGGCGGCUAUGGCAAUGCUGUGGCUGCCGCUGCCGCCGCCGCUGCUGCUGCUGCUUCUGCUCAAAACAAACCGGCCAGCUCGGUCACCGCGCCCGGAGUGGGAGUCUCUGUUACGUCCAGCAACACGGGUGUCCCUGACAUUUCAGGGUCUGUUUACACAAAGACACAGUCCUUUGAGAAGCAGGGUUAUCACGCGGCAGCAGCACCGGGAGCCUCGUUCAGCGUGCCCUCAGCGCUGGGAAGCGGCGGCCCCAUCAACCCCCCGGCUGCAGCGCCCUAUGCCCCGGCGCCCUUCAUGCACAUCCUCACUCCUCAUCAGCAGCCUCACUCACAGAUGCUGCACCACCACCUACAGCAGGACGCUCAGACUGGAUCCGGACAACGAAGUCAGAAUGCUUCCAUUCAGCAGAAGUCCCAGAUCAACAAGUCUACUUACAACAGCUACAACUGGGGAGGCAAUUAACUUGCCCUUGAUUCCAAUCUGGUGUACAAAAAAAGGCUGAAUUAGUGGACCCCUUCUCUUCCACACUGAUCGUCUGUGGCACCAUUCUUUCACUUCACCCUGCCCAAUUGCCCUAAAGUUCUCCUCGAUCCCCAUGUUGGUACUCUACUAGAGUGGUAGCUGUGUGUGUGUGUGUGUGUGUGUGUGUGUGUGUGUGUGUGUGUGUGUGUGUGUGUGUGUGUGUGUGUGUGUGUGUGUGUGUGUGUGUGUGUGUGAGGGGUUGACGACUGGCCUGGGAAGCAGUGUUGAAAGGGAACCUCUCAGUCAAGCAUAGAGUGUAAUGAGUUUAAGUAAUAAUCCCCAUGGUCUCUUCUUUCAUUCUGUCUUGUAUGUAACAGAGCUAUUUUCAAAAGGAGUGUUUUUUGUAACUGGUGGAAGAGGAAGAGAAGUUGGGUUUAUGGGUUUGGUGGGGAAACUCCUGCCCCUAAUUAGACACCCUGCUUAAUUUAACUCAAGGAAUACAUGUUAAAAGGUUUAUACACGAGGGCACAAAGAUGUGAAGGAUGAGGGAACGUGAGUUUUCUAGGACCCUUUUUGUCUCUCAUGCUUAAAUGUGUGUCUGUAAUAAGGGUGUAAUUGGACACUGUUUUUGUUUAAACCCCUUCAGUUAUCCCCAAUUUAUUGUACAGGCUUGGCAAAUGAAGAGGAUGCUGUUCAUGUGCAUAUCCAUGUUCUUUAUAUUGGCAUACUUUUUUUUUGUUUGUUUUUUUUAGUCUUUUUCUCCCCCCCCCUUUCCCUUUUAUUCCCCCCCCCAGGAAGGUAGAAAGGGUUGUUUACGCUACCUCUGCAAAUUUCUGAGGUAUCGCUGUCUGUCCUGCUCUUUUUCGAGAGGUUGGCGUAUACUUACAUCACUUUGUACGUGCAAGUGUGUACCAUUUCCUCCUCAAACAUUCUAUGUGGCAAUGUUUCCCUCCCCGUUCCUAUGUUUUAUUGAUUUUUCUGUUGAUUAGAAAAGUAUGAAUGGAUUUGUAUGAUCAGUUCCCUCUUUUUUUUUUUUUUUUCCUUUUCUUUUUUUGUCAGUGACUUUCUUUUUGUACCGUGUUUUAAGGAAAAAAAACAAAAUAAAUAAAUGGAUAAAUUUGUCCUGUA